AUGACCAAAGAGGUUGACCAUGACCUAGAAGGCCUCAAUGUCGGAUGUCUUGUUCACAUGACCAAAGAGGUUGACCAUGACCUAGUAGGCCUCAAUGUUGGAUGCCUUGUUCAUAUGACCAAAGAGGUUGACCAUGACCUAGUAGGCCUCAAUGUCGGAUGCCUUGUUCACAUGACCAAAGAGGUUGACCAUGACCUAGUAGGCCUCAAUGUCGGAUGCCUUGUUCACAUGACCAAAGAGGUUGACCAUGACCUAGUAGGCCUCAAUGUCGGAUGCCUUGUUCACAUGACCAAAGAGGUUGACCUAGUAGGCCUCAAUGUCGGAUGCCUUGUUCACAUGACCAAAGAGGUUGACCUAGUAGGCCUCAAUGUCGGAUGCCUUGUUCACAUGACCAAAGAGGUUGACCAUGACCUAGUAGGCCUCAAUGUCGGAUGCCUUGUUCAUAUGACCAAAGAGGUUGACCAUGACCUAGUAGGCCUCAAUGUCGGAUGCCUUGUUCUCAUGACCAAAGAGGUUGACCAUGACCUAGUAGGGCCUCAAUGUCGGAUGCCUUGUUCACAUGACCAAAGAGGUUGA